AUGCUGGGUUAUUUUGCUAACCCAACUGCUGGGGGCGGUAAAAAGAAAGAUCCUCCCCCUCGUCUGUGCCAGCUUCACCAUUUUAAAGUGGAGGAUGACAAGGACUUGCCUCAUUUCCAUGGACCUUCACACCAGCAAUGUUUAAAAAUAAGACAUGAUGAGGCUCAGGAAGUUAGGCUUACUAUGCAUAGCAUCCCCACUAGCAGCAGGGGCUCUUUAUGCUGCGGUCUGUGCAAUACCUCCCGCUACUUGUAUUACGUUCACAGGUUCAUAUGCAUGUUACAUAACGGCACGCGCGCCAACUCCACAACCCCUGUCCCUGGGAGUCGUGUGCAGCAGCGCACAAAUAAACGGGCGUACAUUAACGUGAAAGUUAAUAGGUUCCAGCUGAUGAAGCACGCCAAAGGUAAACUGCUUGAUAAUCCAUCCGAAUCAUGGGAGCCAGAGUUUCAUGAUAAUGCCCGGUUUAUUUCACUCAAGAUGGAUGAAUUUGUGAAGGACAAACUUCUGGAAUGGAACCUCUCUGAAUACAUCCCUGCUUUUGAAGCUGAAAAGAUUGACAAAGACAGCCUUUUCCUCUUGGAUGCGAACAGCUUGACGACUUUGAUACCUCUCCUGGGUCCACGCCUGAAAAUUCAGAAUAAUUUAAAAAGAUUACUUGAGGAUUCAAGCCCUAAACAAACGGAGUCUGUUUGUGCACCAGCUGACAAAUUGCAGCACGUGGCUCCUGUCCAGGGUGGAACAUCAUUUAAUAUCCGUGAGAUACUCAACAAAACACCUGAUGGAAGAGCAAUAGUUCACAGCCUUGAAGAAAGCCAUCACAUUUCUAUAAGUGAGAGAAGAUCCAUGGUCAGGAUACUUGUGUCCCACCUGAUUGAGUGCUUUGGAGAGAAUCCACCCUCGGAAUCAAAGGUAUUGCUGGCAUCAUCAGUAGUGGAGCAGUUUCCAUGUCUAAAGGACAGUCUUGGCACAGGCUAUGAUGCGUGGUUCACCCCAGGAAGGAAACAUAGACCUGCAACAGGAUUCCUAGAGGAAUGUCUCCGCAAUGUGCGAAAGAGGUCACGCUGCGACACCCAGAAUAAGUCAACACCUCAAGCGCCACAAAAAUGCCAGAUUGUUUUGCCUGAACCUACUGUAUCUCCAGAGCGAGCCAUCCAGAUGACAGAAUGGCUGAAAAACAAUAUCUGGCCACCAUCACAAGUUUCCCAGUAUAUGCUGGAGACCGCUAUCCAACGAGCCCAGUGGAUUAGAAGCAAUGGGACAAUGUCAAUCAGAGAAAUAAUGGCCGAGUUUCCACGUUUGGUUGACACUCCAGGCAUGAUUUCUCAGGACUUCUCUGUGCUACACCCAGACUCCUCAGAGAAAUUAACUGCAAGGUGGAGCCACGUGUUCUCCCGAAAGAUCAUCCGCAUGGCCAGAAAAGAAGACGCAGCUAACCGUCUCAUCGACAUAGAUUCGCUUCCAGCAGACAAACAGGAAGAUGCCGCUUUGUUGUUGCUCCCACUGAUUCUCCCUACUGCACCAUACAAAGUUGGAAGGAGACUCCUCCGACCCAGCAGCGUGGUUCGCAAGGCCUUCAUUGACAUCCAGCCAACUGGAACCAACAUGGUGGAGUACCUGACCGGGGCCACAACAGACGACCCACAUGUUCUUAUGCUUGGUGAAGACCAUCGAUGUUCCCAAGCAUUCGUUAUCCUCAAUGGGACUGCCAUGGAUUAUCCAUCACUUUUGGGUGCAGUUGAUGGCUGUUUUAAAACAUUUUUUGUGUUAGAUGUGAAUUACCCAAAACCAUGUGCCCAAAUUUGGGAGUUCAUUCAAACGGUCAUCUUUGAAAUGCCUGGGCAUGAAUCAAAUGCUGUAAAGCUAAUGAGGGCUCAGUUGGCUAUGAUUUAAAGUUGAUGUUUUGCUAGCAUGGAGAUGAGUUACAUGUUUUUGGACAUUUACGUAAGUACAGUUCUUCCAUUAGCAUUGGGUUGAAAAUGUUCAUGAUCUUCAGGUGUCUAAUAUUUUUAUAUUUGUCAUUAAAACACAUUUACACAAAUGCAAUAAGCAGAGUUUUACAAAAAAAAAAUGAGCGGGACUAUA